UUAUAUAAUUAAAACUAGGGCUUUGCAGAGAGUGUAUAUAUAUAUUACUCACUGUCUUAACCUAACACUACGGCACGAGUCUCCUUCUACCCAGCCGUCAUCUAACAUCGAAAUGACAACAGUUCCAGGACAGCUGGUCUGGGAGAUCGUAAAGAGAAACAACUGUUUCUUGGUCAAACAGUUCGGCAGAGGCAAUGCUAAGGUUCAGUUCAGCAAGGAGACCAACAAUCUCUGCAACCUCAACUCCUACAAGCACUCUGGUUUGGCCAACAAGAAGACAGUGACCAUUCAGGUAGCUGACAAGGAGCAAGGUGUGGUACUCGGAACAACCAAGACCAAGAAGCAAAACAAGCCUAAGCUCUCUGUUAACAAGUCUGUCCUCAAGAAGGAGUUCCCUAGGAUGGCCAAAGCUGUUGCCAACCAGGUUGUGGACAACUACUACAGGCCUGACUUGAAGAAGGCAGCACUUGCUAGGCUCAGCGUGAUCAGCAAGGGUCUUAGAGUCGCCAAGUCUGGUCCCAAGAGGAGGAACAGGCAGGCUUGAAUUGAAGAAUCCGCCAUUGGAUGAACAUUUUACUUUGAAAAUUCUUAUUUUGAGAGUUUCAGACACUUCUUUGUAGGUUAAAGAUUUUUUAUGGACAGAUGAGUGUUUUGCUUGAAACACCUACAUUGUUAUCCUUUUCUCACAAAAUGAUAUUAAAAACUAUUUUAAUAUUGUUU